AUGUGUACCGACUUGUUCCUCUUUGUCCAACCUAUUCCCGUGAUGUGGAGGUUGCAUCUCCCUGUGGUAAAGAGGCUGGGCUUGAUUGCCAUGUUAUCCCUUGGUUUAUUGGUUUGCGUCACUUCGAUCAUUCGCAUCGUUUUUGUCACUCGAAUUGGGCCCGAUACUACUUAUGAAUUUGCCGAGCCUAUGAUAUGGUCCGAAGUCGAAUUGGCCUCUCUCGUCGCAAGUUCCACGAUCCCAUGUCUUCGCCAGGUCAUUCAAAAGGUCCCCUGGCUCAGCCAUGCCUUGGGACUCUCGAGCGGCCGACGAAGUUCGAACAACUACUAUGGAUGGAGCGACUCCAAGAAGACAGGAGGAUCUAUCCCACUCAAAAGCUACAACCAGAACCAUAAGGAUGGCUACCUACCGAGCAAAUCAAAAGGCAACAGCGCACAUGGAUUGACAAGUCACGCUAUUGGCGGCGCACAUACCAAGAAUGAUAACACGGAGGAAAUUUUGCCACACAAAACCGACAGCAAUGGUUCUAUUUUGGUUACCCAUGAGAUGACUCGAGAUUUCGAAUCGCAUAGUCCCUCAGCUACACCUUCAAUAGCACAUGUCGAUGACUACGAAAUAGGAGAUAAUAACGGGACAUUAAAAGAUGACCGAGCUAUCGAUAGUCCCAUCUUCGGCCGGCCUGUAUUCCAUGCCGAAAACGCAAGUCCCGCUGCCAGUCCGAGGCAUCUUCUAGCUGCUGUCUCAUGUGCCGGGCACACCGCACGGAUUGCAUCUUUCCCACGGAGUCUCGCUCAAGUUCUCAAACUCCUCGGCGUCGGAGACAAGCAAGGCUGUCGACAGCUAGAAAUUCCCCCAGUGCCUGUUGUAGAAUCAGCCUUGACUUCAGCGCCUAACCAUUCGUCGAGAAACAACACCUCUCAUGAGAACCAAGCGUCAAGUGUCUCUCCCACUGUGCCAAGAAGUACAGAAUGGGUCCAGCAAAACCCUCAGUCGGAGGAGUCACCUUUGGCAUUGGGCUCAAACGACGAGCAACCGCACAAUCUUCACAUAGUUGGGCCUGCAGUCACUUCCGAUAACCAGGUUUUGUCGGACUACCUAUCUUCCAUACCCAGUGCCUCAAGAGGUUCACGGAUUAUCAGGCCAGCCAUAGGCAAUAGGUCUCGACCUGUGCUGUUUACUGCUGUACAGAAACGGCCAGUUGGGUUAGAUUCAAACCUCAGUUUCGCAGAGGAAAGGUUGCAGCUUAUAGAGAAGAUAUUGGAGCCUUUUACCAGUGAUCUUGUUGAUGUUUAUUUCCACAAGGCUAAUUCUUGCUUUCCUCUUCUUGACGAGGGUCAUUUCCGUAAGCAAUAUAGAGAGAACAAAUCUGUCAUAUCGCCAGCGCUUCUCAGUGGCUUGUAUGCCCACUCGAUAACCUUCUGGAAUAGCUCUCCUAUUCUUUCCCGUCAUCGACGUCCUGACGGGCGUUUCAUCUGGAAUCUUGCAACUGAGGCAGCUUAUUCCCAGAUACAUAGAUCUCCUGGAAUAUCCACCAUAGAAGCCUUGAUUCUGAAUAUCGGUGGUCGCGAAGUGACCGCCCUGAUAGGAAAUGGCGUCUUGUUGGCAUCUUCAGUUGCUAUGGCACAUUCACUGGGUCUCAACCACAGUCCAAUAUCCUGGGAAAUACCGCAGUCUGAGAAGAACCUCAGAAUGAAGAUAUGGUGGGCUCUUCUGAUUCACGAUAAAUGGUUGAGUCUUUCGCAUGGAACCCCGCCGCUUAUCUCUUCGACUCUAAACGAUGUGCCCCAGCCUCUCGUCGAAACCCUUUGCGGAGAGGGAUCUUCUUCAGAGCAGGCUCUCAACGCCUCCGUGUACAUCGCUCUGAUAGGUUUGACCGAGGUCCUGGACUUACAUUUGAGACAUGUCCAUCAAUUCAGUCUUUCAGAUGAAUCCACAGAUACGACACAUCUAGAGUUGGCUCUGAAUAAUUGGAUCGAGACUCUCAGUGACGAAAUCCGACGAGUCGUCAUUCGUGGAAACAACCUGAAGAUUCCUGGUGCUGCCAACCUUCGCCUAUCAUAUCUGACAGUCAGACUCCUAUUACAGAGAAUCGAGCUUGAGGCCGAGAAGCGAGUUCGCGAUACAGGGGAUAGUCGCCUACUGAACCGUUAUAUGCAAGCUCGGAGAACUUCAGAGGACAUUCUCAUCUUGACUCAGGAGUUACAGCCCGAGCAUUUGGCUGAUUGCUGGUUGCCAAGCAGCGCUUUUGCAUUUUCGACAACCGUUAGCUUCCUUCUCCGAUGCGCGCUCGAGACAGAAAACUCAACAGCGGGAUUGGUUCAAAGUAGCUCAUUGAAGAUAGCCUCGGACCUAUUGUCGGCUCUUCGUGAACACAAGGAGAAGCAUGCUUGGGAUUUGGGUGAUAUCUGUUUGGCUCAACAUGUCGACGUUGUUGAGAAGCUACGUGCCAUGACUCCGCCUGAAGACCCAAGCGCUGAAGAGGUUUUGGACUUUUCUAGCUUUGCCAUGGCGGAGGCUUCUUACCUGGAUCAGCUAUUCCCGAGUUUAUGGGAUCCUCUGCAGAAUGUGUGGUGA